AUGGAAUCGACUACCGAUUCUCCGUUCGUUAUUCCUAUUCCAAUUCCCUCCGAUACCAUGAUUGGGAAUGAAGAGCCUAUGGGGACCGAAUCUGUAGACAUGGAAGCUAGUAUCCUAAAUCCUCCCCCUGAAUCAGGCUCUAUUGCUAUUACAGGAAAAGAGGCCGCAAUGCCAACACUGAUUACUCUUGCUGCUUCACUUCCCCAGUUCCAACGUCCUUUUGUUGUGAUAAGUGUUCCCAAGAGCCCUUUUCAAAACGGGGUUGUGUCUGAUGAAGAAGCAUUAGAUAAGGCUCGAUCAUGCUUGAUGGAAGGAAUGCAUUUGUUGAAUGAAGUGUCCGUACACACAAAGGCAUGUUCAGAGCAACUUGCUCAGCACCAAAUCAUUUUCGAUGAAGCCUUGGAAGGGUUGAAGCAACUCCGGACCCUUCAUGAGCAAAUGGAGAAAGAAGCUAAAGGGUUGAGGGAAGAGGUAGUCGGUUUGUCGGAGAGAAACCAAAGUUUGGUGACGGAUUUGAGUCAAGCCAUUGGUCAGCAGGAGGAUCUGAAGUCACAAUAUACGAAGAAGGUUUUUCAAUUGGAAAUUGCCUGCUCUAGAAAGGAUACAGGAGUGGAUCAAAAGGUUGAGGAGUUGCGAUGGGUCAUAAAGGAAGGUAUCCCCAUCUUUGUUCGGGCUUUGUUAGAUUCAAGCGACUUUGGUGUCGUGAAUGCCACCUUGCAGACAUCCGCUAUCCAGCUUGGCCUCCAUCAAGCCUGUGUGGACACGAAAGAAAAGUACCCUGAAGAGCUGAAAGAUAAUAAUAUCUUGUAUUCGUACCCAGAUGCACAACGUCCAAUUAUGGAACACUUUGCUGAGAUGACAACAUACAAGUACUCUAUGGUAUCUACUCUGGGAAACGAAGAAUUGGAUGUAGGUGGUUUGAAGAAGUUGUUGAAGGUUAUGGAUUCAUCCAGAGUAGAUGAAGUUGCAUCGAGCUAG